AUGGCUGAUGAUGUGCAGUAUGACUUUGCUAUUCUCGGGACUGGGCUUGUUGAAUGUGCAAUGGGAUGCAUUCUUGCAGAGAACAACAAGAAGGUGAUUCUUAUCGAUAGGAAUGCAAUUUAUGGAGCUGACUAUGCGACGUUGAGAUACAGGGAGCUUGUGUCGCACUUUGGAGGCGAUGAGGUUAUUCCAGAGCUGAAGGUGUAUGACAAUGAGUUUUGUGUAGAUCUUACGCCAAAGCUGUUUCUGGCAGGCAGUAAAAUGCUGAGGAUGCUUGUUGAUCAUGGGAUUGAUGAAUAUCUGGAGUUCUGCAGGAUUACAGGAUCAUUUUUGUGGAAGGGGAAGCUGUAUUCAGUCCCCACGAGUGAGACACAGUCGAUGACUACUGGAAUGAUAGGGAUAUGGCAGAAGCCAAAGGUAAUGAGGUUUUUCUGGAAUGUCAGGGAGUAUGCAAAGGCAGCAAUGAAGGGAGCAGGAUACAAAUUCAAGGCGACAAUGAGGGAAGAGUUCAAGGAGUAUGGAUUGAAUGAGGAAUCCAUGGAGCUGAUUGGACAUGGGAUAGCACUUAAUUUGGAUGACUCGUAUCUUGAUAGAAGCCCAAAGGAGACGUUUGAUAAGAUACUAACAUAUAUCAAGUCUAUAGUGUGUUAUGAAAAUGCAAUGGAAUCUCCUUAUCUGUAUCCAAGAUAUGGGCUUUCUGAGAUUGCACAAGGGUUUGCAAGAAGCUGCUGCAUGAAGGGAGGGGAAAUUAUGAUUAAUGCGGAGGUGCUGAGUGUGGAUGAAGGCAGUGGAGAAAUAGUUGUGCGUGAGCCUGUUAAUAAGGAGAUGCUGAGGAUUAGGGCAAAGAAGAUUAUUUCUGAUCAGUCAUACUUCGCAAGAAGUACGGUUGAGUAUGAGAUUAUUCGGGCGAUAUGCAUAAUCCGAGGGGAGCCUUGUGAAGUGACGAGAGGAACGUCUUCAUCCCAGAUAAUUUUUCUGAAGGGAGAGAUGAGGAGGAUGAACGAUAUUUUUGUGGUGAUUCUUGGGAGUGAUGAAAAGGCCACGCCCGAUGGAUACAAGGUUGCGAUAAUCAGCACAGUGAAGGAGACGAAUGAUCCUGCGAGGGAGAUUAAGAUGGUUGUUGGUAAGUUAGGUGAUGUUGUUAAGACAUUUGUGGAGGUGAAGCCGGUAUAUAAGACGGAGGACACUGAAAAUGUGAUAUUUACAAAGGGAGUGAAUGAAUCGCCACAUUUUGAAGAUGUGUAUGAUGAAAUUGAGGAGAUAUGCAGGAAGCUGAAUAUCAGCAGUGCAAGAUGA